AUGUCCAUGAGUGGCAGCUUUCGGCACAUGGCGUGCAAGUUCUGCCGCGAUCGCAAGGUCCGAUGCGGUGGCGAGCAGCCGUCAUGUGAGAAGUGCCGGCGAGCUGGCGAGGAGUGCAUCUACCUUCCGUCGCAAAGGUCGCCAACAAAGGCCAGCCUUGCUGAGACCGUGGACACGCUGCAAAAGCGCCUAGAGGAGGCGGAGACUCGCAUCACUAGAAUGGGGAGGCAUUCAAGCCAGAGUCUUACGCCGCACAUACCAUACAGCCAGCUGUGGCCUAUGAGCACAGAGUAUUUGGCGCAGGCGUCAUCGUUAUUAUCCUCUGACAACUUGAACUCGUAUUCCGGCCUUGCUGCGCCCUCGGCGAAUCUCUACAAUCAGUCUGCCAAGAGCUACUCGGCCGAGCCCACGCAGCACGACAGGAUGGGCUCGGUCGACACCAACUUGACGCGCCCGGGCACGGGGAAGACGGACCCGCUGCAGUUCCGUGAAGAAGAUGCAGAGAGCAACUCUUCCUCGUUUGCGGACCUCUCUGCACGGCUUGGGCUGCCAGACCACCGAAGGGCCAGCUACCCAAGGCAGUUCUUCGACGCCAACACGUCCUCCAGCAACACGUCCAUGUUGGACACGCCACAGACGGAGAAGACAGCCGAGGAGAUCGCUGGUCCGAUACUGAACCACAUCUCAGUGUUUUCCACGGCAGUCUUCCGGCACCAGGCGGAAAUAUGCGGCAUCGCCGGCGUGCUGUCAGAAUACGUCGCGUGGCUGCGCAGGUCCCCGCCUGGGGUCAGCCCUUCCGGAGCCAACUCUGUCUACUCGAACGUGCUGGAGACGAUCGAGGCUCGCCUUCGGGAGCUGCGAGAGAUAGCCGAGAGCAGGCACGUUGGCUCGUUCCACGACCUAGCCGUGGGGGUCAGGGAGCUGGUCCCCGCGGGCAGCACCCACUCGCACGCCAUUGGCGACCUGGAGCGAGACUUGCAAAAGCAGGCGGCCGACCUGUCACAUUUCUUCAAGACCCGGUACAAUGCGUGCUCCAUGCUCUCAGAGCAGCUCCGGAGCAUGCCGUAUGGCCCGAUGGACCAGGGCAAUAAGCCUGGCCUAUGA